AUGGCCCCCACCCACUGCAGCUUCUGGCAGUUUCAAAGGAUGGUCAAACACAUCACAGGGCAGAGCGCCUUCUUCUCGUAUUACGGAUACGGCUGCUACUGCGGGCUUGGGGGCAAAGGGACCCCCGUGGAUGACACUGACAGGUGCUGCCUGGCCCACGACUGCUGCUACGGGAAGCUGAAGCAGCUCAGCUGCCGGCCCGUGUUGAACGGCUACCAGUUCCACGUGGUCAACGGGACCGUGCUCUGUGAAUGCGCCCUUGGUCUCGGUGUCGGCUGCCUCUGUGGGCUGAGGGCCUGUGAGUGUGACAUGCAGUCUGCCUCCUGCUUCAGAGAGAACCUGCCCACCUAUGAGAAAAACUUCAAGCAGUUCUUCUCCAGCCAGCCCCGAUGUGGCAGGCGCAAACUCCAGUGCUAG